GUAAUUACAGCGUGUAUGACACGAACCUAAUCGAGUCAGUUACCAAUUGGUUAUUUACACCCAACGUGCUUCUACAGCUCCUUCGAUUUCGAGGGAAGAAGUCAACCUCCCGACGCUGUACGACAACGAGCGAUAAUCGGUAGAACACAUUGAUUCUUGUACUCUCUUCGGCAUCACAAAAAAGCUAAAGAAGCACAUCCACUGUGAUUGUAUCGAUCGACAUUUCGAAAAAUCGCAUCUUCAUCCGUGUUCAAAUUGCUAUUCACUGUGGACAAUCAUUAGCUAUCCUUCAAGUAUGCACACCAAGAUCAACCCCGACCGCUACCUACCGAUAAAGACCAUGUCGGCCGAGGAAGAAUCUCGUCUCCAGCACCGUAAAAAGAUGAUUCAACAAACCUGGCGAGCGGUAGAAUUUGGAUUGGAUGUAGACUGCACCCGUAUAUUUUACACUGAACUAUUCCGCAAGUAUCCAUCCGUUCAACCUAUGUUUCAACAUAGCAAUAUGGAAGUCCAGGCUCAAAAGCUGUACGAAGUAAUCCGCGUCGCGGUGCGUUUUCUUGACAACGUGCAAGAACUUAUACCUGUAUUGAAAGACCUAGGGAUGCGGCACGCGAAGCACUACGGAGUAUUGCGUGAGCACUACGAUGCCGUCACAGAAGUCUUCAUUUCUGUAUUGAACAACUAUAUUCUCACCGAGCUGGAUUGCGGGAACGCUGGUAUCUGGGCAAUGGAGGUGGCGGAUGCAUGGCACUGGGUGCUGACGUUUAUAGGGAACACGAUGGCGGAUGCCGGAGAUCAAGCAAUGGUCAAAGAUGUGACACCGAAUUCUCUAGCCAAUGUGCCGACUGCAAGUGUCGUUAGUGCUCGGAAGGGAGAAGACGCUCCCGUAGAGAACGUUGUGUGAAAGCGAGAAGAGCUGCUUCUCAGAAAGUCAAAAUUGCUAUUGCCGGCUUCCACCAAAUCUUUGACGAUCUCGCAGAAAACGUUAUGAAUGCAAUCCUCACUGAUUUACAACGCUAAAUACAUCAGAAAAACUAUCCCAUCUUCCACCAUAAGAGUUAUAGAAAAUUACUGGAUAAUUCAAUAACUCGAUGGAAGCAUGCGU